AUGAAUUUCACAUUACCUUUACCUCAAUUUCUCCUCGAUUGGAUAGCUAAACAUCCAUAUGAAACCGCCAUUCACGCCAUCAACGGAUUGGUUCUUUGCACCCCUGGCGCAAUCACUGUUCCGAUAUUCAGUGCACUUGGCUUCAGUACAAUCGGACCAGGUGCUGGGACGGUAGCGAGUGGGGUGAUGGGCUACUUUGCAUUCGUACCAGCGAGUGGACUUUACGCGACACUGCAAAGCGCUUCUAUGGGUGGAUACGGUGCGAGCUUUGCUGCUGGCGCUGCUCAAGUAGGGGCUGUGGCGUCUUCUGCUGUUGCUUGGGCUGUGGGAUUGGCGUCAGUGAAUGCGACACAAACGAUUUGCUGUGCCCUAUGGGGCUUGCUGCAAGCGCCGCCUUUAGCCAUGCUCCAGUAG